AUGGAGGAGGAAAAACUGCUCAGGGUACUUAGAGAGAACAAGAUGGCGAUUGGUUGGACAAUAGCUGACAUUAAAGGAAUCAGUCCUUCCCUGUGUAUGCAUAAUAUUUUAGUGGAGGAAAAUUGCAAGCCUAGCAUAGAAAGUCAGAAAAGAUUGAACCAAAACAUGAAGGAAGUGGUCAGGGCAGAGAUACUGAAGUUAUUGGAUGCAGGAAUUAUCUACCCAAUUUCGGAUAGUGAAGGCAUUGUACUUGGGCAUAGGAUAUCGGCAAAAGGAAUUGAGGUAGACAAGGUAAAAAUUCAAGUGAUUGAGAAAUUUCCACCGCCUACAUCAGUUAAAGGAGUUCGCAGUUUUUUAGGGCAUGCUGGGUUCUGCCGGAGGUUUAUAAAAGAUUUCUCGAAGAUCACUAAACCUUUGUGCAAUUUGCUAAUGAAAAAUGUAACCUUUGAGUUCACUGAGGAUUGUCUCACAACCUUCAACACUUUAAAGGAAAAGCUUACGACAACACCAGUAAUUGUAGCACCAGACUGGGAAUUGCCUUUUGAAUUGAUGCCAUACCUCGUCGGGUCUAAAGUCAUCGUCUAUACUGAUCAUGCUGCAUUGAAGUAUCUGCUCAAAAAGAAGGAUGCAAAGUCGAGAUUAAUUCGUUGGUUGCUAUUAUUGCAAGAAUUUGAUAUUGAGAUACGCGACAAGAAGGGCACCAAAAAUGUAGUAGCAGAUCACCUAUCCCGACUAGAACCUGGGGAGACGGAAGAUUUAGUGGAUAUAAAUGAGAUCUUCCCGGAUGAACAGAUGUUGAGAGUGGAUGAAGCACCUUGGUACUCAGAUAUUGUCUAUUACUUGGCCAGUUCCAUUCCACCGCCUGACUGCUCCAGUCACCAAAGAAAAAAAUUCUUCGCCGAGUUAAAAUACUAUUUCUGGGAGGAUCCAAUUCUCUAUAGACGAGGAGUUGAUCAGAUAUUGAGGAGGUGCGUACCUGAAGAAGAAGUACAUGAGAUUUUCGAGCACUGUCACUCAUCCGCAUAUGCAGGACACUUUGGAGCUUCAAAAACAGCUGCAAAGAUUCUACAAUCCGAGUUCUACUGGCCUACACUGUUUAGAGACACAUUUGAGUUUGUUAAGAGGUUGGAUUACGUAUCAAAAUGGGUGAAAGCAGUUGCAUUGCCAACAAAUGACUCAAAGGCAGUAAUUGGGUUUCUGAAGAAAUAUAUUUUCACUCGAUAUGGCACACCGCGAGCUAUAAUCAGUGACGGGGGUAAACACUUUUGUAAUCGCCAGUUUGAGCAGCUGUUAAAUAAAUAUGGUGUUAAACACUGUGUCGCUACCCCAUAUCAUCCACAAACUAGCGGGCAAGUUGAAGUAUCUAAUCGACAGUUGAAAAGAAUACUCGAAGUCACAGUGAACUCAUCUAGAAAAGACUGGUCUAAAAAGCUAGACGAUGCAUUGUGGGCUUACAGAAUAGCAUUCAAGACACCGAUAGGCAUGUCUCCAUAUCGCCUAGUUUUUGGAAAAGCAUGCCAUCUGCCAUUAGAAAUGGAGCACCGGGCAUAUUGGGCUAUGAAACAGUUAAAUAUGGACUUGAAUGCCGUCGGUGAAAAGCGAAAACUACGAUCACGGUGGUCGGGUCCCUACACAGUUACCAAAGUCCUACCAAAUGGGGCUAUACAAGUGAACCAUGAGAAUAAGGGUACCUUCACUGUUAAUGGGCAAAGAUUAGGAAGUUUAUUUUCAAAUUCAUUUAGUAUUUUGUUAUGUGGUCAUCGAUCAUCUAGAAUGCCACCAAAACGAACUUCAAAAGGGAAAGAAAAGGUUGGCUCAUCAUCAAGCACAGCACGUACUCGAGUGCUUGAAGGAGGGAUACAGAGAUUUUUGACUUCCGAGGUAGCAGCCCGAUAUGAAAAUAUAGUGAGUCGAUGGACAGUGACACCAGAGCGGGCUGUUAAAUUGGAAGACUUUCCUGAUUUCGAGCUGACCACUUUGGUACAUAUCUGUGGAUGGGGUAAAGUAGUGGAGCAGCCACAUUGGAUUUAUGAAUUGUUGGUAGGGGAAUUUUACGCCAACUUCAAUACAGAAAUUGACAUACCAGGGUCCGACCACCUGCAUCAGACUUGGGUCAGGGGAAAAUGGAUCACAUUCUCACCCGAGGUUAUUCAAGACUACUACUAG